CGCGCAGCAAUGUUUCGCCUCCCACUAGGUAUCGGCUUCAUGGUUGGAAGUUCUCGGCGCAGAUGCGACGGCGAGUUCUGGAAAGGGACGUUCCGACGCCUGUGACGGUGGCCACGACAUCGAACCCGGGAACGCGUUGAUCAGCAGUUUGUGAAAUGUCGUCGCCACGAGCGCAUACAUAUUUCUUCGUCCUGUAGCCGUGUACGUGUUCUCCAUGCGCGAGCGCAUAUAAAUAGACACACAAGCAUGUGUGGAUCCGUAUUGUGGUGAAUAGCCAGCACAGGACAACUGUCGCAAGUCCUCUGCGGUUCUGCCUGACAGACUGCCUCUAGGUAGGUCGAUAUGCUUCUAACGACCGCUCGAAUACCGAUCCGAGAGCAGAUAAGAAUCUCACGAUAGAGGGAAACAUUUUGUCACCCGUGGAGAAAACACCUCCGAGUUCCGAAGCAAUGCGGCAGUAACGCGUCGUGAAUCUGGUCGGGAGGAUCCAAGUUUCGGGACGAUUUUUUUUGGAAGAACUCGGCCAACUCGGAGCGUGCCUCGAGUGACAAUCGCGCAACUUCCUCAGAGGGAAAGUAUCGAAAGUAGCCUACGCUGGGAAUUUUGAAUUGUUGUCCAUGAUCCAAAGUGCUCGGUGUAUAAAAACGCUGGACGUAGGCUGCAUUGUCUGCUGAUGCGUUCAACGGUCGUCCAACAUGUCCCGACGUAUUUUAAAAUAAGAUUGAUCGUCAUGGUGCGUCAGUCGAUCCACGAUCCUUUGACAUGUUAAUGGAGCAACUCGGUGCUUUCCUAUCGGCGAGAAACGAGCCAGGAAACGCAGUCGUCAGUAUCGUCGGCGAAUCGAUAAGGUGGAGCGUGGCUUUUCAACGGUGGAGGAAUUCCAAAACCUGACCACGCGGGCGGGCAUCGUACUUCUGGUGUUCAAUUUCGAGGACGACGUGCGAAGUCGCACCAGUUUGAUCAGGAUGAUAACCUGCUGGAUAUUGACUGGUGUAUUCGGGGCUAUCGUGCUGCUCUACAGCCUAGUAGAAGUUCACUAUUUCCUGCGUAUGUUCUUAACCGUGUUUCUCGCACGUUUCUGCAAGAAAAGGGUACACAUCCUCGACGAGACUACCGUCUACGGUAUCUGCAUCACCACGGACGUGGACACGCUGCUCUAUCACAUGAACAAUGCGAGAUAUCUCCGCGAGCUGGACUUCGCCAGGGCGGAUUUUUAUGAGAGGACCAGCCUGUAUCGUGAGAUCUGCUCGCAAGGAUCCGGUGUCGUGCAAGGUGCGGCGACCAUUCGUUAUCGCCGGUUUCUCAAACCACUGUCCAUCUUUAAAAUAACGUCCAAGAUAAUAUAUUGGGAUGAGAAAUCCGUAUUCAUGGAGCAUCGGUUCAUCACGCCUAGCGACGGAUUCGUCAGGGCCAUUGCGAUGUGCAGACAAAGGCUUUUGGACUGUAGCGCCGAGGCUGUGAUCGGUUCCCUCAUGGAACGAGGCGUCAAGCAAAAUGGUAACGUGGAAGCGGGUGUACCUCACGUUCGACCGCAGAUGCCACCGGAAGUCGCCAGGUGGUUGGAGAGUAACGAAAUCUCUUCGGCGCUGCUUCGUCAGAGCUCGGCAGUGACGACGCAUUGCUGACAAAAGGAGGAUACGGCGUCCACCGCGAAUGGCGCCGUGUCUACUUCCGUCUACGCGACUACGACCGUGUAAGGUCGAAUAUUCGAUCGAUGCCGGCUUUCGUCGGUCGCCGAUGCACUGGAAUCAUCCAGCAAUCGCUUCUUGUUCGAACGACACACGAGAUAGCUUCGAAUCAAUUUUGUCGGUGAACAAAAGAUUACGAGUGAAGUAUCGUUAAGUUUCAAGCUUUUAUCGAUUUGCAUUCCCGAUCGAGUUCGACCGGGGAUCAAAAUGAACGAGAAGUUGAUGCUCGCCUACCUGAAAAUUGGUUCAAUGUUAUUUGCAACAUGGUUCGAAUACGUAAUCGUACAUAUAUAAUAUAUAUAUAUAGUGGAUGUCGAAAGAAAAAGAGGAAAGAAGGAGUGAAUUUUCUUGGGAUCGAUGAAAGAGAAACAAAAAUCUAGAGUACAAAGGCCAAACAGAGAUGUGAAAUUAUUUUAUUAGGCAAUAGUAGAUGCGUGACUAUUGGGACAAGAUGUGUUUAGCUUCCUCGUGCGUGGAAGAAUAAUACUAAUCGAAUCAAUGAACUCGAUGACUUUCGAAACAAGUUAUGAGAAUAACCUGUCCAGCGACCGUGGAACGGACUGCUAGAAUAAUAUCAAAGAAGGUUACGGAUUCUAGACCGAUUAAUCUAUUCCAAAGGAGCUUCCAAAUUUAAAAAAAGAGCACCAUUUGUUAAAUAUUCUCCGUUGAAAGUAAUCGCGAGACGCGAGGCGUUAUUUACAUUUUUUUAUUACAUAUAUUAUAAAAAAAUAUAUAUAUAUAUA